AGACUACAGCUCGGUGCGAGUACGCGCAUGAACUGGUUACAAAUCGGCAGGCAAUGAAUCCAAUCGUGCAAGUUUCUUUUAAACCUGAAAUUGUGUACAGCAUGGAAAAUGAUGAAAGAUGCACUCAAGAUAUUUUCUACACGUACAUAUUACAAGUGUCUAUAAAGAAAACACACCAAAACAUAAAUCCAACAAUAUAUUUGAGUGAACACGAAAAUGCCAAUCAAGUGUAAAAACAGAAUCCAGUAGUGCCUUUCAAAUUCGCGCUUGUGUAAAUUUAAAUAAGCAGAUGUGAUACUUAUAAACAGCCUUAUAGCCUGCUACCAGAAGUGUUUGUAGAACAAUGUCAAAAUGACAGAGCCGGGCAAUAAUAAAAGCAGCAGUAGCAUUAUUAAUCAAAAUGAUAGCAGCAGAGUCAAUGGAAAUCCUCAAAACCGAGCGCGAGAAGUUGAAGCCGCGCCCACAAACACAAGAUUGGUGCAACAGGUGCCGCAGUGGUGUUACCGUUGCCUGCGGCAGCUGAGAGGAAUUGCAUUGCGACACACCGCAUCUCUGCAGCCUACAGGCUUUGCGCCACCAAAUGAUGGAGAAGAGGGUCCUGCUGGUCAGGACCAGGAUGCGGGGGCAGGACGGCGAUCAAGAGAGCAAGCACAAGUGGAACCAAGACCGAGCGUACCAAAUGGCUCAAGACGUCGUGCUGAAACCGCCACCGAAGUGGAUGCUGGCAUACCAAUGAGACGCAUAACGGCCUAUGGGAACUGCAGGGGACCCGCACGUCUCUGUACUUCCCCCAAGCGUUACCUUCUGGAGAAACUACGACUGAGGAAACCGCCAAAACACGAUGAGGACUUCACAUCAUCCGCCGGCUUUGGCGCGGACGACAGCGAACGACGUAUUAUUGCAUUAAACUCGGCGCAACCCGUGAAAUAUUGUAACAAUCGGAUAUCAACAGCGAAAUAUAAUGUUAUUAGUUUCCUGCCGUCGUUCCUGUUUGAGCAAUUUAGACGCUAUUCAAAUUGCUUUUUCCUGCUGAUUGCAUUAUUACAACAAAUACCGGAUGUAUCACCUACAGGCCGCUACACCACACUAGUCCCGCUGAUAUUCAUUUUAUCAGUUAGUGCCAUUAAGGAGAUUAUUGAGGAUAUUAAACGCCAUCGGGCUGACAAUGAAAUCAAUCAUCGUUUGAUCGACCGUCUAGAGGUUAGUACCUGGAAAACAGUGCGAUGGUCGGAGCUGACUGUUGGGGAUAUCGUCAAAGUGAGCAACGAUACCUUUUUCCCAGCAGAUUUGGUCUUGCUGUCCUCCAGCGAACCGCAGGCAAUGUGUUUUAUCGAAACAGCAAAUUUGGAUGGGGAGACUAAUUUGAAAAUUCGUCAGGGUGUGCCGGCCACAGCCAAGCUACUUGAGACUAAAGACCUACAGCAGUUGGAGGGCACUAUUGAAUGUGAGCUACCUAAUCGGCUUUUGUACGAAUUUACUGGCGUACUCAAAGAGUAUGGGAAACCAGUCGUUGCACUGGGCAGUGAUCAGGUUCUGCAGAGGGGCGCCAUGCUCCGCAACACCUCGUGGAUCUUUGGGAUUGUCGUCUACACCGGGCACGAGACAAAGCUCAUGAAGAACUCUACUUCAGCGCCGCUGAAGCGUUCGACGGUCGACAAGCUGACCAACACGCAGAUACUGAUGCUGUUCAUGAUCCUAAUUUCCCUGUGCAUUACCAGUGGUCUGUGUAGCUUGUUUUGGACCAACAAACACUUCAUGACGGAUUGGUAUUUGGCUUUGGGCGACCAUAAAAGCAAGAGCCUUGGCUACAAUCUGCUGACCUUCUUUAUCCUGUACAACAACCUUAUACCCAUAUCCCUUCAAGUGACUCUGGAGUUGGUGCGUUUCUUGCAGGCGAUUUUCAUCAACUACGACAUUGAGAUGUAUCACGAGGAAUCGGACACGCCUGCAAUGGCGCGUACAUCCAACCUGAAUGAGGAGCUGGGCAUGGUGAAGUACAUUUUCUCCGACAAGACGGGCACGCUGACCCGCAAUGUGAUGGUGUUUAAGAAGUGCUCGAUCGCCACACAGAUUUACGAGCCAGAACGAACACCAUCAGAGUCGUUGCUGGUACAGAACAUAAUCAGUAGGCACGAGAAUGCCGAGGACAUUGAGGAAUUCCUGACACUGUUGGCUGUGUGCCACACCGUUAUACCAGAGAAAAAGGAGGACGGCACCAUCAUCUAUCAUGCAGCCAGUCCCGAUGAACGCGCUCUGGUGGAUGGGGCUCGCUACUUUGGCUAUAUUUUUGAUACACGCACACCCGAGUAUGUCGAGAUCAAUGCUCUGGGCGAGCGAAAGCGGUACGAGGUACUUAAUGUCCUGGAGUUCACAUCGACGCGCAAGCGCAUGUCGUUGAUUGUGCGCACGCCCGAAGGAAACAUUAAGUUGUUUUGCAAGGGCGCCGAUUCGGUUAUUUACGAGAGACUGGCGGCACGGGAUCAGGCCUAUCGCGAGACAACACUGCAGCAUCUGGAGGAAUUCGCAUCGGAGGGUCUGCGCACAUUGUGCCUGGCAGUGACCGAAAUCCCACCGGAGGUGUAUGACGAGUGGCAGCAGACCUACCACAAGGCCUCCACGUCGCUACAGUAUCGGGAGCGCAAGGUCGAGGACGCGGCCAACCUUAUCGAGAACAAUUUACGCCUAUUGGGUGCAACUGCCAUCGAGGAUCGCCUGCAGGACGGCGUACCCGAUACCAUUGCUUCCCUAUUGGAUGCGGGCAUUUACAUUUGGGUGCUGACAGGCGACAAGCAGGAGACGGCCAUUAAUAUCGGCUACUCCUGCAAGCUGAUUUCGCAUUCCAUGGACGUUAUCAUACUGAACGAGGAGAGUUUGGACGCUACACGCGAUGUUAUCCAUCGGCAUUCGGACGAAUUCAAGCAUUCUACGGCAAAAGAUGUGAACGUGGCCCUUGUCAUUGAUGGGAAGACGCUUAAAUAUGCGCUAAGCUGCGACUUGCGUGGUGAUUUUCAGGAGCUGUGUCUUAUUUGUCGCGUCGUUAUCUGCUGUCGGGUCUCGCCCAUACAGAAGGCUGAGGUCGUAGAAAUGGUUACGCAGAGCACCAAAGCCGUAACGCUAGCGAUUGGCGAUGGUGCCAACGAUGUGGCGAUGAUACAGAAGGCUAGCGUUGGCAUUGGCAUUUCGGGCGUGGAAGGUCUGCAGGCGUCGUGUGCCUCCGAUUACUCCAUUGCCCAGUUUCGUUUCUUGAAGCGUCUGCUGUUGGUGCACGGUGCUUGGAACUAUGCGCGCAUAAGCAAGCUGAUCCUGUACAGCUUCUACAAGAAUGUCUGCCUCUAUGUCAUUGAACUCUGGUUUGCCGUCUAUUCGGGCUGGUCGGGCCAGAUUCUGUUCGAGCGCUGGACAAUUGGUCUGUACAAUGUGGUGUUUACGGCUCUCCCACCGUUCGCCAUCGGCCUCUUCGAAAAGUUUUGUACGGCCGAUACUAUGCUGAGGUAUCCGCUGCUGUAUAAGCCAUCACAGACUGCCCAGCUCUUUAAUGUGAAGGUGUUUUGGAUUUGGAUAUGUAAUGCGUUGCUGCAUUCGGUAUUCCUCUUCUGGCUGCCCAUAGUUGCAUACAAAUCGGAGAACAUUUGGGGCGAUGGAAAGACGAGUGAUUACCUAAUGCUGGGCAACAUUGUGUACACGUAUGUGGUGGUUACGGUUUGUCUGAAAGCGGGCCUGAUUACCAGUUCCUGGACGUGGCUAACACAUGCCGCCAUUUGGGGAUCAAUUGCGCUUUGGUUUAGCUUCGUUCUCGUCUACAGUCACUUUUGGCCAACUUUCAACUUUGCAACCAACUUUGCCGGCAUGGACAUUCAGUUGUUCUCGACACCCGUCUUCUGGUUGGGCCUGCCACUCGUGCCCAUAACAACGCUGCUCAUAGAUGUGAUCUGCAAACUCAUUCACAACACAGUUUUCAAAACACUCACCGAAGCGGUGCGCGAAACAGAAAUCCAGCGAAACGAUCCCGAACAAGUCAUGAGCGAGUCGCGCUCUUCCUCUAGCCGGUUAGUGUUGUAAGUUAUAAACCAUCGAAACGAUUGUACUUACCCAGAACAUUCCCUCUCCCCUCCCAGCAAAUGAGAACGAGAGUUUUCUUCUGUGCCAGUGCAUUGCAGAUAUUGCAAAAUAUUAUAUAUAACAUAUAUAUAAGUAGUUAGUGCUAGUGUGAAAUCAAAGUUAACACCAACUGUAAUUCUGAUGAAUUGUAAUCAUUAAAAUAAUGCUCAUCAUAAUGGUACCCAUAUCAAUGAAAUGGAAAUUCAAAUUAUGUUAAGCCACGGUCAAAUUUGCAAAUAUUUGCAGACAAACAAGUUUGUUAAAGACUAGAAUUUCUUGUUAGUAUUCGGAGUUCUGAUUAGUCUAUGUUGAAACAGCACUAUGUUUAUUUGUAAGCACAUUAUUUGGAUGUCUGACCACAAUGCUCGAAAUUCUGGCUGAUGAGCUGAUUUUGAAAACCCCACACCAAGUUGCUUAGAAGUCCAUAAAAUGAAAUGUUUCCCAAAAUAAAUAUGAAUAUGCGGAGAAUUUAAUAAGAAAAUUGCAUUACCUGUAAUUAAGUCGUUAACAUAAGAGUACAGCAUUAUAAAUAUGUUAUUUAAAUAUUUAAAGUUAAUACAAUUAUCAAUCAAAGAAAUGAAAUAAAUUCGUCCACGAUUUGUCUUAACGAGUUUGUAAUUUUCUACUCUACUAUAUACACACUGUUCUAAGCUAAUCGAAACCAAACUGGCUUUUUAUAUUGCUGUUAUGUAUUACUGUCGUGAAUCAUGAAUAAGUGUGUUGUUUUUAUACAUGUGUAUAUCCAUGUGAUUAGAUUAGCUAGGUACUAAAAUUUGUUUUAAGUAAAUUGCUGCUGCAGGCAUUUUUAAC